AUGGAUUUACUGCAGACUCAACGAGGCUUAUCUCCUCGCCAUCUUCAGCUCAUGGCAAUUGCAGGUAGUAUCGGCGUCGGUCUUUUCGUGGGUGUUGGCGGCAUCUUGGCAUCAGCUGGCCCACUGCCUCUGGUCACCGGCUAUGUGAUUUAUGGGCUUGGGUUCAUUUGGCCCACCACCCUGAACACUGCAGAGAUGGUAGCCUGGCUCCCUAUCCGUGGCUCCAUCUAUGAAUUAGCCGCUCGUUUUGUGGAUCCUGCGCUUGGUUUUGCUAUGGGCUGGACAUACUUCUAUGGUGGUGUGAUGCUUGUCUGCACCGAGUACUCGGCCGUGGCUACGGUCAUGCAAUAUUGGAACACAACCAUCAAUCCAGCAGUUUGGGUCGCUAUGGCCAUGAGUGUAUGCUACUUUCUUAAUAUGGUGGCAGUGAGGUGGUAUGGAGAGUCUGAGUUCAUCAUGGGCUCCACCAAGGUUCUUCUUAUCCUAGGCCUCAUACUGGCCACCUUUAUCACGAUGGUAGGAGGCAAUCCUCGCCAUGAUGCUUACGGCUUCCGAAACUGGACGAACGGCGACCUUGCCCAUCCCUACUACACAAGCGGCGCGGCAGGAAUAUUCCUGAGUGUUUGCAUCUCAGUGCGAUAUGCCGUCUUCACAGUAGGGGGACCUGAAAUGAUCUGUAUGGCCUCCGGGGAGAUCCGAAACCCCCGAAAGACUAUCCCAAAUGUGGCAAGGAUGAUUAUUGCCCGUCUCUUAUUCUUCUACGUUAUUGGCGUCCUGGCUGUCGGCAUUCUCUGCAAUUCUCGUGAUCCUCGGCUCAUGGGGGCGAUCGAGUCAGGCGACGCUGGUGCAGCUGCAUCUCCUUGGGUCUUGGGUCUGUUGAACCUAGGCAUUACUGGAUUUCUUCCCGGCUUCAUCAACGUUCUCAUUCUUUUGUCCGGCUGGUCGUGUGGAAACGCCUACCUCUAUGCCUCAAGUCCUCCCAAGUUCUUUUUAAAGUGCAUAAAAUCUGGCGUUCCAUGGGUGGCUGUGACUACUGUUACUUUCAUCUCUAUGUUGGCCUUCCUUGUUGCGUCGAACGACGCGAUCGUGGUGUUCGGCUGGUUUGUGGAUCUUACUACGUUAUCGAAUAUCGUCUUCUUUACGGCUAUAUCUUGGGUCUUCCUUGGGGAAAAACACGAUCAGCAGGAAUUCCUGGAAUAUUUUCCGUCCAUCUUUAUCGGCUUUGAUAUAUUUCAUCCAUGGUCCACUAGGGGAUUUAUUAUAAGCUACUUUGGUGUGGCUUGGUUUUUGGGCAUGUUCGUCCUUUGGAAGAUUUUCAAACGGACUAAAUUUGUUAACCUAGCCACAGUUGACAUCUAUGCGGAUGGAAGGAAGCAGGCUGUCGACGAUGAAUGCCGUAUCUGGGAAGAGGGACUUGAUGACGAGAGAGUGAGAGAGGAGCUUAGGCAGAAGAACGUUGCGGUGAGAGCCUGGGCUAGGUUCUGGGGAAAUUAG